GGCUCGCCAGCAUUCUUCUUGUUUAAAGCUGUAACUACACUGCAAAGAAGAAAAAAAAAAGGAAAAAAGGAAAAAAGGCACUCGCGCAGUCGGGGCUGGGUCUGCCUGCUGCUUACAAGGAGAGGCACUCUUGUCUUCAUGGUGGUGCAGUGAUAACCUGAGCCUUUUUUUUCCCCUCUCUCUUUCAUCCCUUUUUUGCCACUGCUUUGCACAUAAGGGAGGCUCAUGUCUUUCUUAUAGACAUGAACAGCUUUGUGAAUGUAAGGACGUUCCUUUUUCUUGUGCUCUCGGUGGCUCAGGUUUUGAUUGUCAAAUGCCAAGAUGGGAACAGUGGAGAUGAACUGGGCUGCACCGCCGACGGCCAGGUUUACACCAACAGGGACAUCUGGAAACCAGAGCCGUGCCGGAUCUGUGUGUGUGACAACGGUCAGGUGCUCUGCGAUGACAUCCAAUGUGAUGAGCUGACCAACUGUGAAAAGCUGACCAUACCCGAGGGCGAGUGCUGUCCUAUCUGUCAGUCAGAUUCGUCCAGCGGUGGAGGGCAGGGCAGACCCGAUGGUGGCAGAGUUUACAAGGGUCAGAAAGGAGAGCCUGGAGAGGUCCCAGUUGUUGUCGGGAUACGGGGCCGUCCUGGACCUAUGGGUCCACCUGGAGCACCAGGGAAAAGAGGAGAUCGUGGACAUAAAGGAAGGCCUGGACUACGAGGUUCUCCGGGUUAUGACGGAGAGCCUGGUGUUCCGGGGCAGCCCGGAGAGCCUGGACCGUCAGGACAUCCAUCACACCCAGGAGGACAGGGUCUGUCGGCCCAGAUGGCUGGGGGUUUUGAUGAGAAGUCAGCCGGUCAGCUAGGCAUGCUAUCUGGCUCAAGGGGAGAGGCGGGCGCAAGAGGACCUCCCGGCCAGAGCGGUCAGGCCGGUCCACCUGGAUCAUCAGGACCUCCUGGUGAUGUUGGUGAUCCAGGACAUAUGGGUUCAUCUGGCCCAAGGGGGCCUGAGGGUCCUUCAGGGAAACCAGGUGAAGAUGGAGAACCCGGAAAAGCAGGAAAUAGUGGUGAGAUGGGAUUCCCUGGCUCCGCGGGAGCCAGAGGAUUUCCGGGGACUCCCGGGCCUCCAGGGAUGAAAGGUCAUCGAGGCCAUGCUGGUCCGCUUGGCCAAAAAGGUGAAACCGGUGCUCUUGGAUCCAAGGGAGCCACAGGCCCCACUGGUCCAAUGGGAGCACCGGGCCCCAUGGGCCCUGCUGGGAUGCCAGGAGAGAGGGGACGCUCUGGACCUGGUGGCACACCAGGGAUGCGCGGUUCAGCUGGUAACACCGGCAAACCAGGUCCAAUGGGUCCAUUGGGCUUAAGUGGACCACCUGGCUAUCCAGGAAACCCAGGAAUGAAGGGACAAGCCGGCCCCACUGGAGUGCGGGGUCCCGAGGGCCAACAGGGACAGAGAGGAGAGACAGGCCACCAAGGGAGGGCUGGACCAACUGGCCUUCGAGGAGCUAUGGGGACAGAUGGUGGCCCCGGUUCCAAAGGCCCCGUGGGUAAUGUCGGUCCACAAGGUCCAGGUGGCCAUUCUGGUCCUCCUGGCCCUCCAGGACCCCAGGGAAGCACCGGUCAGCCUGGCAUCAAAGGACAAUUGGGAGAUGUGGGCGUACCAGGAUUCAAAGGAGAGGCUGGACCCAAAGGAGAACCUGGUCCUCAAGGUUCCCAGGGAGGACUUGGACUUCAGGGUGAGGAAGGGAAGCGAGGACCACGUGGAGACUCUGGCUCCGUAGGUCCUCCCGGUCCUUUCGGCGAGAGGGGAGCUCCUGGUAACAGAGGAUUCCCUGGUGCUGAUGGAUUGCCUGGACCUAAGGGGGCUCAAGGCGAUCGUGGAACCUCUGGCUCUGGUGGGCCAAAGGGCUCUUUGGGUGAUCCAGGACGUACCGGAGAACCCGGUCUACCAGGGGCAAGGGGUCUUACUGGUACUCCUGGAGUCCAAGGUGCAGAGGGCAAGCCAGGACCACUGGGUGCCCCAGGUGAAGAUGGCCGUCCAGGGCCCGCUGGAUCCAUUGGAAACCGAGGGCCAGCAGGAACGAUGGGAUUGCCAGGCCCUAAGGGCUUUAAUGGUGACCCUGGAAAGACAGGUGAACUAGGAUCUCCAGGAGUUCCAGGUCAAAGAGGUCCUCCUGGGAAGGAUGGUGAAGUUGGCCCUGCUGGCCCACCUGGCCCAUCUGGUGUUGCAGGAGACAGAGGGGAGCAAGGGCCACCAGGAGUAAAUGGGUUCCAGGGUUUGCCUGGAAACCAAGGACCACCUGGAGAACCUGGAAAACCAGGUGACCUGGGUAUUCCUGGAGAGCUGGGUGCUGUGGGUCAAGUUGGACCAAAGGGAGAACGUGGUAAUCCUGGAGAAAGAGGAGAAGUUGGUGCAGUUGGUCUGCAAGGACCCAAGGGAAUCCCUGGAGCCGCAGGCCCAGACGGGCCAAAGGGUAGCCCUGGUCCUCCUGGUGCACUUGGUGAUCUUGGGCCCCCAGGUCUCCAAGGGAUGCCAGGAGAAAGGGGCAUCUCUGGCCCACCCGGGCCAAAGGGUGACAGAGGAGCAAUUGGUGAGAAAGGAUCAGAAGGUACACCUGGAAAUGAUGGUGCAAGGGGUGCCCCAGGUACUGUGGGUCCACUUGGACCUGCGGGACCUAGUGGUGAGAAGGGAGAACCUGGACCAAAGGGACCACCCGGACCUGCAGGAUCCAGAGGAAUUCCAGGAGCUAGAGGUGACCCUGGCCCUAUUGGUGCUGUUGGAUUUUCAGGACCUCUUGGUCCUGAUGGCCAGCCUGGCGUGAAGGGAGAGCCAGGUGAACCAGGUCAGAAGGGAGAUGCCGGGUCUCAAGGACCCCAGGGCUUGGCAGGCGCUAAUGGACCUCCUGGGCCCAUUGGUGUUGCUGGACUGAAAGGUGGAAGAGGAACACAGGGUGCACCAGGCCCUACUGGUUUCCCUGGAUCAGCAGGAAGGGUUGGCCCACCAGGCCCAACUGGUCCUAUUGGAGAGGCUGGGCCCCUGGGACCUCCUGGGAAAGAAGGUCCUCCUGGACUUCGCGGAGACCACGGAUCCCCUGGUAGACAAGGAGAGAGAGGACCACCAGGAUCUUCGGGAAGCCCUGGAGACAAAGGGGAUUCUGGAGAAGAUGGACCCACGGGUCCUGAUGGCCCUCCAGGCCCAGCUGGAACCACAGGACAGAGAGGUACUGUAGGUCUGCCUGGUCAGAGGGGUGAGCGUGGGAUGCCGGGCCUUCCAGGACCAGCGGGUCCACCAGGAAAACAGGGAACGGCAGGAGCAGGUGGAGACAAAGGCCCCCCAGGCCCAGUUGGUUCUCCUGGUGCUAAUGGGCCUCGUGGUGAUGCUGGUCCUGAUGGGCCAGCUGGAUCCGAUGGUCCACCAGGAAAGGAUGGUAUUUUGGGCCAAAGGGGUGAUAGAGGAGAUCAUGGUCCAGAGGGUUUAAUUGGGCCUCAGGGACUUCCUGGUUCUCCAGGUCCAGUUGGCGUAUCAGGUGGUGCUGGAAAGAGAGGAGAUGCGGGCUCAAGAGGACCUGUUGGUCCACCUGGCUCAGCCGGGAAGAGAGGAUUACCGGGACCCCAAGGCCCGAGAGGAGAUAAGGGAGACAUCGGAGACCACGGUGAGAGAGGGCAGAAGGGACACCGUGGCUUCACUGGUUUGCAGGGUCUUCCUGGACCUCCUGGUACAACUGGUGAGCAGGGAACACCAGGAAUUGUUGGACCAAGCGGCCAAAGGGGCCCACCCGGACCAAUUGGGCCUCCAGGAAAAGAAGGGUAUAACGGACAGAAAGGCCCUAUGGGACCACCUGGAUCUCGUGGUCUCUCCGGUGAUAUUGGACCAGAGGGCCCACCGGGAGAGCCCGGUCCCCCAGGUCCUCCCGGUUCUCCAGGACCCCCCAUAGCAGCUUUGGACGACCUGUUUGGUAGAUCUUACGAUUACGAUGACGGCCCUCCACCUCCCCCCGAGUUCAGCGAGGAUGAGGCUCUACCCAACAGCAACUCGUCCACCAUUGUGCCAGUGGACCCCGGGGUUCAAGCCACUCUGAAGGCCCUCAGCAGCCAGAUUGACAGCAUGAAGAGCCCUGAUGGCAGCAGGAAGCACCCCGCCAGGACCUGUGACGACCUGAAACAGUGCUACCCCAUGAAGAAGAGUGGUGAAUACUGGGUGGAUCCUAACCAAGGCAGUUCAGAAGAUGCCAUCAAAGUGUACUGUAACAUGGACACAGGCGAGACCUGCAUCUCUGCCAACCCAGCUAGCAUGCCUCGUAAAAUGUGGUGGAGCUCCUCGAAGAACAAACCUGUGUGGUUCGGAGCAGACAUCAGCGGUGGAAUGCAUUUCUCAUAUGGUAACAAAGAUCAGUCAGCAAACGCGGUCACAGUCCAAAUGACAUUCAUCCGCCUGCUCUCCAAAGAGGCCUCCCAGACCAUCACCUACCACUGCAAGAACUCUGUGGGCUACAGGGAUGACAAAAAUGGCAACUAUAAGAAAGCCGUGAUCCUCAAAGGCGCCAACGACCUGGAGCUUAAAGCGGAGGGAAACAACCGGUUCAGAUAUACAGUGGUUGAGGACAGUUGCAAGAAAGCUAAUGGCAACUGGGGCAAGACAGUGUUUGAAUACAGGACACAGAAAACAGCAAGACUUCCCAUCAUGGAUAUUGCUCCCGUGGACAUUGGUGGCCCAGGCCAAGAGUUUGGCAUCGAUAUUGGGCCUGUGUGCUUUGUGUAAAUCCAACUGCAGGGAUGCAUCCUGAGACUAUUGAACUGACAGCUGAUGCGAUCAGCCACGUUGUACAUAAAAGUACCGAGGACAUUUCUGGCCCUGUGGCGAGAUAUUUAUUGUGCCUUUCAAACAACUUCAACACAUCAAAGAUUUGUUUGUAAGUUAGAUGAAUGUUUAAAAAGAAAUUCACAAUGAAAGAUAAAAUAAUGUUAAGAUUCAAAAUCAUUCCUUUGUCUACUCUGUCAUGUUUGACCUUUGGCCUUCAUGCAUUUUGAAGUCACUGACUGUGCUUCAGUCCAAAGAUCUGACCUGCCGAUUUUAGGUUGGUUUGUUUUAUUUUUUUCCAAAAAAACGACAAAAGAAACAAAAGAUUAAACAAGCUACCAAAGA